UUAGAUACACCUUUCCUUUAUUCUCGGUUAUAUUGUCUAAGUCCCACCACCUGCUCUCUUUCAAAAGCAACGUCAAGGAAGUAGAACGUUUUCCCACUCUUGAAGCAGAGAACCAGGGAAAGGACUGGCCGACAACCUUGAUGAGUGCACGUUGUAUCCUAGAGACAGAGGUGAAUUCUAGGUGCUGAAAAAAGUCAAAGUCUCGCAACAUCUCCGUUGCCACAUCCGCCCUGCCGUUGCCCACUGGCCCCUCUUGCUAGCCUACAUAUAAAGUCAACAGUAGACAUGGAACAUUAGACCUCAGCUACAUGACGGAAAUUCCUCCGAUCAAGUCCAAGAUGCCGAAAGCGAACAAAAAGAAGCUGGCCGCGGCGCAAGCGCCAGCAUCGACGUCUUCCAAGUUGACAACCUCAUCUAUAAACACCGACCCAAUUCUCGGAUACAAGAUCCGAGUUCUCAUUCACGAUUUCCUCAAAGAAGCCAAGGAUCCCGAUGCGCAACGACGGAUCAACUCAACAACUGAGGCCAACUACAUUAGUGGCCCUUACUUCGAUCAGGAACAAGCCAAGCAAGUCAGGGAAGCCACUGUAGACGUGGACCUCCCGAUCAACCUCACUGCACCUACUCAAGUCAAUUACGAAGGCGGCGAAAAUGAAGACAGCGACCUCAGAGUCAGGAUGAGUGGGUUGACUGUGGAAGAGGCUAUCAAGACAGUAAUGAAUGGAUUCUUGGACAAACGCAGGGCCAGCGGAGAUGCUAGGCCUUGCGGACCACACGACCUCGCUCCGAUAUAUGCAGCACUUUUCGGCGUACACUUGUCCGAGUUCCAGACUUUCGGAGACGGAAUUCUCGCCGAAGGCACCUGGGAUUUGGUGUAUUCAGUGGACGUUGGCGGACAAGGCGGCGGUGACCUCGAACGAGAUGCAAGGAGAAAAAGCUCUCUGAGUAGGUAUGUGACGGCUUCCCCUACAGCUGACUGAAAAUAUGCUGAUAU